AUGGGCGACAUCCUCACCCAGAUCCAAGAUGAACUGGACAUGCUCCUGAAUCAGAUGUCGGCCGCUCUACGUCAAAUUCGCGAAAACGCUCCACCAAGCGUUCCCCCAGGCCAACCACGCCUCGACACCUUCGCCGAACUAGAAGCUCGCACCGCCGCCGAAAAUGCCCAACAAAACCCCACUACAGACCCCUCACAGCAGACAAUCGCUCCCCCACCCAGACCCUCCCCAGAACAGUUCCAAGCAGAUCUUAAGGAACUAGCACAGGACAUUACAUUGAAAGAGCAGCAGAUUGAGAGAUUGAUCGCGCAUCUACCAGGCUUAAACUGGAGCGAGAAGGAGCAAGUAGAGAGGAUGAAAGAACUGGAGAGGCAAUUGGAAGAUCUGGAGGGGGAGAGGGUAAAGGCAGUCAAGGACAAGGAUACCUUGAUGAAGAUGGUGGAGGAUAAGAUAACAGGCGAUGCAGAAAUACGACAGAACGUGAAACUCAGGGAUUACAGAGACAGCAAGAUAGUCGACCGACCCCACCUGGUCUCUACAGAAGCUGAGCUCAACACCGUUCUUGCCGAAUUUAUGUACAUCAUGUUCAACUACUUGGGAGACCAUCACACCAUAACUGGGUUGCUUGAAUUCGCUCGAGCCAAUGCGAAUGGCAUAACGGAACAGGCACUGGAGUACUGCAAUUGGGAAGGCAGACAGACGUUUGUGUCCUUCAAGGAUGGCAGGCAGGCAGUGACCAAUGGACAACUUCGCGUCCCUGCCACGCAUAGGGCGCUCAGAAGAGCUGUCGAUAAGCUGCUUCCGAUGGCAGAAGUGGAACUAUACCCAGAUGGACAACCAGAGACGGAGGAACUGUAG